AUGCUCGUGACCGAAACGUUUCAUGGAUACAUUGAGACCACGCAAGAUGUAUUACUUAUAUUUGAAGGAUGUCGUCGAGGAUUACUUCCAAGGAUAUGCAGACGGCUGCAGGAGAAGGAGCGUAAAAUGGUACAAUCUGGAUCUGUUUUUGUAUUUGACGAGCGCGAAUCAGGUAUCAAGCGAUGGACGGAUGGUCUUGUAUGGAGCCCUUCAAGAAUUCUCGGCAACUUUUUAAUUUAUCGUGAGCUUGAUAAACGCGCUAGUGGCAGCAGUGGCAAACGAGGAUCCAUCUCAGCAUCGAAUAGCAGCAACAGCAAUGGCAAUGAUGCACGACAACGUAGCUUUAGUGCUGAUCAUGGUACAACAUCAUCCACGGUGGCUGCAGCUGGUGGUGUAAUGUCAAUUGACCGUAAUCGAGAACGACAACUGGUGGGAAGUCUUUCGGAUUCAUACAAGUUCCGUAAAGAUGGCCUUAUCAAAAAGACAAUGUCGAUCGUUGUGAAUGGUGUUUCGCAGCAUUUGAUAUCCUAUUAUCAUCCACAAGAUGUCCUCAACAAUCGACUUCGCACUCCUUCCUCUGUACCUGAACUUGCAAGUUUGGAAAUCUCUCCCGAAUUACUCGUCAGGCAGAACUUUAGAAUCCCACCCAUGAUUGAACCUACUUUUGAUCAUCCUGGAGAAGCCACAGCCGCAGGCGCUAUCCCUAUGCCAGAUGGCAGUAAUGGUGCAGCAGCAGCAGCAAGUAAUGGUGGUACUGGAACAGUGGCAGCAGCAGCAGCAGCGGCAGCAGCAAUGUCCGCAUUUGGUGAUCGUCGUACUCCACAUCCUCCUCCUUUACGUAGCAUGUCGAUGGGAUCAUUAAGAGGACAUGAUCACUAUACCAAUGGCAACCUUGCAUCACCCAACGCCAUGUUCAACUAUCAGCAACAACGCAUGAGCAUAGAUGAGGAAGGGGCAACAACAACAACAACACAACAACGGGAAUCUCCACCGACAACGAUCGGGCCAUAUGGGACUCAGCCAAUGAUGUAUGGAGCAGCAGCCUAUACCACAUCCGCCAUCCCAUCCCCUUCCUCACCUGACACACCAUUAGUGUCUCCUGCACGACCCUCCUUUCAUCAUCAUCAUCAUCAACAACAAUAUCAGCGCCAUUACUCAUUUUCAUCCACACAAUCGACACUCUCCAGGGUUGAUCCAAGGGGAUACGACAUGUUAUCGUACGCACCAGCAGCAGAUCGUCAACAAGGCGAUCAUCCACAGCAUCGAUCAUCGAUUCACUAUCAGCAGCAGCAGCAACAACAACAAGGUUCAAUGACAUCGAUGAUGUCUGCUGCUGAAGUGGGGUUCUAUAAUGGACAACAAUUACAGGAACAACAAAAUGGAGUAUCGGAUGAGCAUGGAUCGGAUCAUAGCAAAGGUGCAAACAUUGGGCAACUGUUGAAUCCUGUGCAUCCUCUGAAUAACACAACAACAGCAUCAACUUCUUCAACCGCUACAGCUCCUCAUCCUCCUCAUCAACCUGAAUCACCACACCCUUCACAUAACCAUGAGCAGCAGCAGCAGCAGCAAUUGUUACAUCAACAACAACAACAGCCUUCAACCUCAUACGCUGGUUACAAUCCUACUUCAUUAGUAUCAGCUGUAACAACCACAUCCUCAUCCGCUUCGUCAUCCAUAUCGACACCUUCCUCAUCCAUUAUCUCCACCCAUCGUUAUGAUAAUGGCAAGCCUGUUACUGCUGCUGCUGCUGCUGCUACUACUACUACUGCUUCAAGCACUAACGAGAGACAACAACAACAACAACAACAACAACUCAAUGGCGAUGAUAAUGAUAACAUGCAUGCAGCCGGCAGCGGUAGUGGAGGAGGUGGUGGUGGUAGCAGUGGUGGAUUUAGUAAUGGUGUCGGUUUCUAUCGCGACGGGAUGUUGACCAACACGUACAAUGCGAUGCAUUAUGCUCCCCCACCUUUCCAAAAUGGGCUUGUCAACCCCUUCACAGGCCAUCAUGAGGAUUGCAACGUAGAUCAAGAUUUAACGGACCCAUUGAUGUUAAAGUAG